AACGCACAUGUGAUGGAGACCGAAGCGGUGGUGUCCGCUGGUUGAUAUAAAAUAGGUUGCAGUGGCCUGUAGCCCUUCCUAUCCCGACCUUUGCGAGUGGUCUCAUCUGUCCCAACAUGGCGAUCGUCAGCUUCGUCCUCUCGCCGUGGGCACCGACCGCCCUGCUGGUAGCCGCGGUCGUCUACUAUGUGUAUCCGUACUUGGUGACAUAUCGACACCUCCGACGGAUCCCCGCGCCGUUCCCGGCCCAGUUCACCAACUGGUGGCUGCUGCUGGUCUGCCGCGGCGGCCACAGAUACGACACUGUCGACCAAGUGCACAAGCGGCUAGGUCCGGUCGUGCGAAUCCAGCCCAACCACGUCAGCAUAUGCGAUGACCAGGCCAUCCAGACCAUCUACGGCCACGGCAACGGCUUCUUGAAGUCGUCCUUCUACGACGCCUUUGUCAGCAUACAGCGAGGCCUCUUCAAUACUCGAGACCGGGCCGAGCACACGCGCAAGCGCAAGAUCGUGUCGCACACCUUCUCGGUCAAGUCGGUCGCCCAGUUCGAGCCGUACAUCCACAGCAACCUCGAGCUCUUUGUGCGGCAGCUGGACAGUCUGAUCUACCGGUCGACCAACGACGGCGACGGCGAUGGCGAUGGCGCGGCGCACCUGGACUGCCUGCACUGGUUCAACUACCUGGCCUUCGACGUCAUCGGCGACCUCGCGUUCGGCGCGCCGUUCGGCAUGCUCUCGGCCGGCGCCGACAUGGCCGAGGUGCGCGCGUCGCCGGAGAGCGCGCCCAUCUACGCGCCGGCCAUCGAGAUCCUCAACCGCCGCGGCGAGGUGUCGGCCACGCUCGGCACGCUCCCCGAGCUCAAGCCGUUCGCCAAGUACCUCCCGGACCCCUUCUUCACCAAGGGCCUGCACGCGGUCGAGAAGCUGGCGGGCAUCGCCAUCGCGCGGGUCAAGGCGCGGCUCGAGAACCCGCCGCCGACGCACCGCAAGGACCUGCUCCAGCGGCUGAUGGAAGGCCGCGACGACAAGGGUCAGCCGCUGGGCCGGCAGGAGCUCACGGCCGAGGCGCUGACGCAGCUCAUCGCGGGAAGCGACACGACGUCCAACUCGUCGUGCGCGCUGCUCUUCCACGCGGUGCGCACCGAGGGGGUCAUGGCCAAGCUCCAGGCCGAGCUGGACGCCGCCAUCCCCGCCGACGUGGACGUGCCGACCUUCGAGAUGGUGCGCGACCUGCCGUACCUGUCGGCGGUGGUCAACGAGACGCUCCGCGUGCACUCGACGUCGGGCAUCGGCCUGCCGCGGCAGGUCCCUAACGACGGCGACGGCGGCGGCGUCUGGAUCAGGGGUUACUACUUCCCGCCGGGCACGGUGCUCAGCGUGCCGACCUACUCGAUCCACCACUCGCGGGAGAUCUGGGGCCCGGACGCGGACGAGUUCCGGCCGGAGCGGUGGCUGGCCGGCAGCCUGACACCGCGACAAAAGAACGCCUUCAUCCCGUUCAGCUACGGCCCGCGCGCUUGUGUGGGGCGGAACGUGGCCGAGAUGGAGAUGAAGCUCAUUGCGGCCACGUGGGCGCGGCGCUACGAGGUGGCGCUGCGGCAGGAUUAUAUGGAGACAAGGGAGGGGUUUCUGAGGAAGCCGUUGGGGUUGGAGAUUGCGUUGCGCAGGAGGAAGGGGGGGAGGGGGUGAUGGUUGUGUCGGGUAGCUAGGUACGCAGGCUUUAUUGUGUGUGUGUCUAUUCAGCAAUCCUAGGGCA